AUGCGUGGGCUGAACGCUGAACGGCGACUUUUGGCGGAGGGUGAUCGAUCUCGUGUGCCUUGGGCUGCCGAUGGUGAUGGUCCGUCACCCGCCGGCGCAAAGAAGGUGGGCGGGUACUCGGGGGUACAUGACCUCGAGCUCCGGUGCAAGUACCUGUUGCGUGUCUCGGAUGUACCUCUCGGCCGGGAAGCAGCUACCAUCAACAUCAACAUCGACAAUGACAUUGACAUCGACACCUUCCUGCCAAAGCCGCCGCCGCCGCCACCGCCGCUGCUGUUCCGGGAGUUGCUUACCUCCAAGGUAGCACAAACACCACCCACACCCACCACCAACACCCACCACCACCACCGCCGACUCCCUGUCGCGGACCCCGGUUUUAUUUUGUCGAUAUACCUCCAUCUCCAGGAAAAGGUAGUACCUCAACCCCGGAACUCCCGUUCACUCCUUGUACCUAUCGACCUGUCUCCAGUUCGUAGCCCACAGCACAGUCCACCUUUUUCUUGGGUGCAGCUGCCCUUUCCUCUCUUCGCAUCCCCAAUCCCAAUCCCAAUCCCAAUCCUCACCCUCCCCAAUGGUCCCUGGACUACAAUAACACCUCCCCAGCUCCCUCUUCCUCAUUGCAACUUCCUCCUCUCCUUCGACCUCUUCUCCCACACUCUCUCUCCCCUCCCUUCCGUUCUCCCUUUUCUGAUACACUCUAUAGACCUUCUGUCCCUCGCCCCCAAGACAGAAGAAGAAGGAAACACUUGUCUCACCAAGCUUCCUAUUCCUAAACCAGAGAUCCGAACAACUCUCUGUCCUUCACCUCCGACGAUUCAAUUGCUCUGUCUAUACCCCUAAACUGUUCGUUUGCCGCAGAGCCAG